AUAAAGAACGCAAGGCCAAAACGAUAAAAUGGAAUCAUCAAGAAAACAACCUCAGAAAUCAGAAUCCCACCGCAAACAAAUCGACGUUAAACUCAGGAUCACUGCACCCCCGAUGGCCAAGCAAUCCACCUCUCACUCAGCCGCGGCGAUCACCGCCAUCGCCGCCGCUGAAUCACUAUUCCAAGACGAUCUUGUUUUUCUUGACGAGCAGGAAGCAAAUGAUCUUAGUUACUGGGAACUCGUUAACCCAUCUGAUGCUGACUCCGAUACUGAAUCUCUACAUAGCCUCGAAAAUGGGUUCCUUUCUUGGUACUCUUUAAAACCCUCUUCACCACCAAAAUCACCAAUUAUCAACCAAGAAAUUCAAACCCUGGAGGCUCGCCAAGAUCAAGAUCUCGUUGUUGAUGUGAAUUUUCAAGACGAUCAUGUCAAAUAUUGUCAUGAAAGUGACUAUAGUCGUUAUCAGCGUGAGGCAGGGCCUAUAAUUUUCUCUGGUGUGGCUUACGGACUGGCUGACGCUGAUGCUGAUGAGUUGGAGGAGCAGGAGGAAGACGACGAGGAGGUUGGUGAUGAAGAUGGGUUUGGGCUGGAUGAUGAACUCGUUCCAUGGCACGUGAGCGCGAAGUUAGGAAGGCAGAGGAUGAGGAAGUUGGGGAAGAGGGUGUUUGCUAAAAUGGGGAAUUCCAAGCGGAAUCCAUUUUCGUAUGUGAAGCCAGGGUGUGUCCGAGGCAAGCAUGGACUGGGGAUUAAGGCUUGAAGAAUCUAACCCUUCGAUUGAAGGUAAUUUGGGGAAAACCUGAUCUUGAAAUGGAAUUCUUUUCCAUUAAAUGUUUAAAUCAUUAUCUGGGAUAGUUGUUUAGGUGUAAGUAAUUGAAUUACUAGGGUUUAUUCAGGUUUUUCCUUUUGGGUUCUCCUCAUUGGAUGACUAAAUAUGGGUUCUAUUGUUCGACUUAUUUCUAUUCAAUAUAGAUUUUAUGAUCCA